AUGUCAGGUGAGAAGGUUUUAUGUUGCUUUAAAAAUUUAAGGGCUACGACCAAUGGACGAAACAUUCUCGCACAAAAUCUUAAUUUGCUACUGAAAACAACGACGUUCGAUAUCAUAGCGAAACAAGGAGCAAACAGCGACAUGUGUCAAUUGGAGUGCACUCGUCAGGAAGCAGAUUAUAUUCGAGAUCAUUUAUCUAAUUUACUCACGCGUGCUCAUCGAUCGAUAUGGUUUACGUACAAAAAUACACCGACGGAUGAGUUAUCGAAGUCUCAUCGAAGACAUAUCGACAAACCAUUGACAGCAUUGUAUAAUUUCGGUACAAUGCGUUCGUAUGAUACAUUUGUUGAUUAUAUCAAGAAUAAUCGGCAUGUAGUUUCAGUUAAAGUGGAACGGGAUGCAUGUAGGAAGCCGAGGCGUCUGGUUUUACAGCAAAACUAUACUACCUGCCGAAUGGUAUUCAAUUUGAACAUAUUCCAUACUGAUAUACUGGUGAAAUAUGAUCAAGAAAAUUCAAAUGAAUCAAUUCAAAUCGUAUUUAUGCUAAAAGGUUUACCAGAAUUCCAAGAAAAACUUGACAAUGGAGAUUACAUGAGGAAAUGCCAGACAACGAUAAACACAAACUUAGAUAUGAGUAUUAUAUCGCAAUGUUCAGACCUGUGGUUACAAUUUGAUCGUCGCAGCGACGCGAUUGAAUUGCUCCAACAAUUGCCUAUCAACAAUGGUUUGGGAUGCUUUGUUGUUAACUAUGCUGCUUUUCAACACGUGCUGUGCUCUGAAGAUCCGAAUAAGUUUUUAUUCGGUUCGGAUUGCUACGCUAUACAAAUGCUUUGCUCUUUGGGUUACUUGUUUACCGACAAAUAUCAUCGAAGCCAACGAUUCCGAGAUCAGUUUCAGUCAUACCAGCAACAGCAAUCGCCAGAAAAGUUCUACGAAUUAUGCUGCAGUUUAUGGAACACUCUUAAAGAAAAUCAUUGUUAUCCUAUAGAAAAUAUUUUUAGUGAUCAAGAAACACGAAAUUGCCGCUCAGCCAGAAAUCAUUGUCAUAUUCCACAUGUUAUCGUCACUCCCUUGCGUGUAUUGAUUCAACCAAUGCAUGACACAAAUGGGCAUCGGGCAAUGCGACAAUAUACAGAAAAGAAAGGAUAUCAAUGGAUGCUCGUUUAUAUUCGCGACGAAGAUGGUUUAAGUAGGGUGAAUAGUAUGACUGACAACCAUGAAAUUAGAGCGAGAUAUGAAACAAUUCUGAAAAGAGGCAUAUGUCUUUCACCAUCCUCGUCUAAUGAAUUAACCUAUUGUUACUUUGGCUCGUCGGGAAGUCAAAUGAAAAAACAAGAGUUCUGGUUUAUGUCCAUCCUGAAUGUUACAGUGUCGGAUGCUCCGCGUAGAGUGAACGAUGCCCGCAUGGCAUUGGGUGAUUUGAAGAAGAUUUCAAAUGUAGCCACGUACAUUGCUCGAGUUGGCCUCUACCUAACAACAUCCAAAUCAACCAAUAAUUCAUUGAGACGGGGGAUUUUGUCGGCCGGUAAUACGAAAUAUCCUGUUGAAUUAAUCGAGGAUGUUACACGUAAUGGAUAUUGCUUCACCGAUGGUGUAGGUCUUAUAUCACUUGGUCUGGCUAAACAGGUUGCCUUAUCAAUCGGAAUUAAAAUAACUAAUGAUAAUGACAUCCCAUCUGCGUACCAAAUUCGCCUUGCUGGAUGUAAAGGAAUGCUCUCCAUUGAUCCUCGCUCUACACCUAAUGAUAAUUAUGUUAAAAUACGACCGAGCAUGAUGAAAUUCGACACCGAUGAUUGGAAACUGGACGUCGUCGAUCAUUCUCGUUUAAUGUGUCUAAGUUUGAAUAAUCAAAUCAUUCGUCUUCUGUAUGACCUUAACAAGGAAAAUAAAGCUGUGUUUGAAUCCUUACAGAACCGAUGUAUUUUACAGGGUCAAUGGCAUCCCCCAGAAGAAACAUAUUACAAUGUUUUCGAUUCACAAAAUAUCGAACGAAUGAAGGAUGAACAAAGGCGACAAAACUAUUUAAAUGCGAAAGAUUUCUUAUGUCGCAAUAGAAUUCCGUUACCUGUUGAUGAAGCGCGAUGUUUAUUUGGCAUUGCCGAUGAAACCAAUUCAUUGAAAGAUGGCCAAUGUUUUAUUCAGUAUAAAAAAAUGGGUCUGAAAACUUACGAUACUGUGAAAGGUAAAGUUCUAGUAACGAAGAAUCCGUGUUUGCAUCCAGGUGACGUACGCUAUUUGGAGGCAGUGGAUAUUCCCGCACUUCGGCCAUUUAUUCGAGACUGUAUUGUAUUUCCUGUUCAAGGAUCACGACCACAUUGCAAUGAGAUUGCCGGAUCAGAUCUCGAUGGCGAUCAGUAUUGGGUGUACUGGGGCAAAGAAAUGACGAUCGAUGGAUCAGUGACGCCACUCGCUUACAAAUCGACUAAAACAAAACAACAGUUCAACGUAACUUUUGAAUCAAUCGUUCAUCAUAUUUUGGAGACCAUAGGUGAUCCAAAAUCGGGAAUUAUCUGUAAUACACAUUCGACUGUGGCUGAUAAACAUUCAGAUGGUACAAAUUCUUCUGAAUGUAAGCUUUUAGCAGAGCACUUUUCACGAGCGAUAGAUGCUGCGAAAACUGGCGAACGAAUUGAGAUGGAAGAAGUUGAAAAACUGCGACAAAAAUGGUGCAUUAAUUAUCCAACAUGGAUGAUGAAAGAAAAUAAACCGAGUUACAAGAGCACAUCGAUUAAUGAAUACUUGUUUGCAACAGCUCAAAGCUUGAGAUUCGAUCAACGCGCAUUUAAGAAUACGUACAAAAGGUAUGAUGGAAUGAAUGCGCAUACCAUACUUAACUUGGAGCCAGAUAUUGUUGAUAAUAAUGAUCGAAGUCAACGACGGCUUUUCUCAAGCAGUAUUCUCCUACGAAAUACUUGGAUUAAAACAAUACGAACUUGUAUUUCCAGUCGACGUAAUUUUUUACUCUUCCUAGCAGUUUUGUUUAUAUGCAUAUCUAAUUUCUCAAUGAAAUGA